AUGACAUAUGGAGAGCACAUAAAGAAAACUGUGGAAAAAGUCAAUAAGGUGACGGCGGCGCUUAGUGGAGUGCUUCCAAACAUAGGAGGACCAGGAUACUGGAAAAGAAAGUUAUUAUACAACGCGGUACAGUCCAUUCUAUUGUUUGGAGCUCCAGUCUGGUACAAGGUCAUCAGGUUUCAAAAGUAUCGAACAAUGCAAGAAAGUGCGCAGAGGAAACUACUCAUACGCGUUGCCCGCGCUUAUAAAACAGUCUCGACGAAAGCAGUACAGGUCAUAGCUGGAAUACCACCGAUAGAGCUCAUGGUGGAGGAGAGGGCGGAGGUAUAUAAACUAGGUGUAAGAGCAGGACCGGCGACAACUCAAAGACCAGCGACCAUAGGAAAAUGGCAGGAAAUAUGGGAUAAACACAAGACGACCGCACAGUGGACAAAAAAGCUUAUUCCCAACAUAGCGAAAUGGCUCGAGUGUACCCACAGGAGAGCAGACUACACACUAACGCAGUUUCUUGCGGGAUAUGAGACAUAUGGGGCAUAUACGAAGCGGAUAGGAAAGAAGGAGGACAGCAGCUGUACAUACUGCCACGAAGCUGAGGACAGGGCAGAACAUACUUUUUUCGAGUGUGAGAAAUGGGAACGGUGGAGAACUGAGAUAGAGUUGGAUCUAAACAUAAACAUCACACCUGGAAAUGUAAUAACAAAAAUGAUCGAAAGUCCAAGGAACUGGAAGUUAAUCGAAAAUUAUAUACCACGGGUAAUAAAGCAGAAAGAAAGGGACGAAAGGGACGACACAGAGAGAAUAUGA